UGAAGGUGCUGGUGUUGCCGAAUAGCCACUCAGUUCUGUGAAAUGGGUAUCUGAGGCUUAUGCCCUCAGGUGAAGGUUCAUGAAUGAUGUAGCCAUCACUUCAGGUGAGAGUAGUGUGAAGAACUUAGUAAAUCACUAAAUGGUCUUUUUCCAUUCAAAUAUGAACUUUUUUUUUUCUUGUAUCGCAUAGUUUUAGGGAGAGGAGUUGUCCUUUACUCGAGCUGUAGGAGCUGAAUACGUACAUCACCGGCGGUAUCAAGUUUUGUUAACAAUAGUUUUCCCUAAACUUUACGGCAACACCUCCAUAGAUCACCUUGCUUAGUUAACUUUGCACGUUAAGUUCUUGGGUGGGCGGGGACAGAACCUUUCAGGAAAGCGUGCUAUCCAAUGAGCGAGCGGACCUGAUGACGUCACCGCCAUAUGUUCCCCGUCGACCCGCCCCCAAUGUGGAUAGAAACGGCACUAAUUCGACAGCAGUCCGCCGUCACAGUGCGGGAGCGCAGGCAUCAGGCAACCAUGGGACCUUUAAUUUUACAUCCCGCAAACUUUUCCAGCGUUUCGUCAUCGGUGCAUUUGUAGAAAAGUAUGAGAGGAUCUAAUCUGGCACAGCGACAUUUUCAUUUUAAUCACCCCGGUCAGGAUGUUACGACUGCUUUUGUGCUGAGAAGCCGGUAAGGUCAUUAAAGAGAGUUUUCUAAUGAGUGACCCAGCUACCUCCAUAUCAGGAUCACACAAAAGGAUCAGCGGGGAACGCGUGCUAGCAGCAAGCGGACGGCUUUGAAUGUCACUAACAAACAGGGGCUGCAUCUGUUAUACGAGAUGGAUCACUUUGCAGCAGAGUGCCUUGUGUCGAUGUCCAGUCGUGCUAUUGUACACGGUCCGAGAGGGAGCAGGGAGAUCAGACCCGAAGCGGCGCCCGCCCCCAGGAACGCAGACGAAAGUAAGGACGCGGUGACGAAAGACAACUUUGUCGUGGCCAGGAUUCUGGCAGAUUUUAACCAGCAGACCUCCGGCAGCCCGGCCGAUCAGACGAAGAUAAAGGAAGAGGACAAGCAGUCGGCGGUUGCGGGAGGGGAUGGAGCCGCUGCCACACCUACGGCCGUGAGCAGCGGCACCGGCGGUCCCAGACAAAGAGUCCGGCGUGCGAGGGCGAGCGAGCACGAAUCAGCCCAGAAGAAGCACAAAUGCCACUAUUCAGGGUGCGAAAAAGUUUAUGGCAAAUCGUCCCACCUCAAAGCUCACCUAAGGACACACACAGGAGAGAGGCCCUUCCCUUGCACCUGGCCAGACUGCAACAAGAAGUUUGCCCGAUCAGAUGAGCUGGCACGCCACUACCGCACCCACACCGGGGAGAAGAAGUUUGGCUGCCCGCUGUGCGACAAGCGCUUCAUGCGCAGCGAUCACCUGAUGAAGCACGCCCGCCGCCACUCAGGCUUCCAACCUGGCAUGCUAAAGAGGCCGCACGGCGCAGGGGCGCGUACCGGAUCUCUCAGCGACUACAGCCGCUCGGACGCCUCCAGCCCCACCCUCAGCCCUGCCAGCUCGCCUUGAAGAAAGAAUAAAUACCCUGCCGCACUUUUUUUUUUUUCCGCCUCAGCCUGAUGCGCCCCAAGCUUGUGGAGUCUUCUCCCCCCCCAAUAACACUUGUGUUGCACAGUUGUUGGCGUCCCUCAUGCUAAUUUCCCGCUUGCUGUACUGUACAUAACUGCAUAUUGUAGUGCAAUGUUUCGUGCAACUCAAAAAAGGUGGAAAAACUGCUGUUCCCAGAAGGCAGCAUUUGCUUAGUAUUCAAUAUUUAUGUACCGAUUUUAGCUAAUGGUGACUGCCAGGUUAUCCAUAGUGUUGGUAUUUUUUAAAUUGUUUUCUUUCAUUUUAAACAACUCAGUUCAGGUAAAAAGAAAAACUACAACAAAAAAUUAAUUGACCGGUGUAUUAAGUAUUCUUCACCUUUAUUUAAAAUGGGGGAGGGGGAAUCACAUCUACACCUCAGGAUUCAAGACAGUUGUUUUCUUAACUACUUACUUGACUGCACAAUACAAGCAUCACUUUACUCUGAAAUUCAACAUGGUUGAAUUUUGCGCCCUGCUCAGGGAUGGCCUCGUUAGCUUGAAAGAAUGAAUGCAAUGAAGAUAAACACACAUAAAACAGCCUUACACUCAAAGAUUUGCACUCUUUUUUUUCAUCUGUUAGUUUUCACACUGGGGAAAACUAGCACUGGAUUAACGUCAUUAAACCCAAGGUUUUCGUUUUUUUUUUUUUUUUUUUUUUUUUUCUUUUAAAUUUCUUUUCCUUGAGACUGGAAAUAACGCCACCAAACUCCAUUCUCAUUUCAUCCGAGAGGGGGAAAAAAAAUGGAUCUUCGACACAUGCUCUGUUGGCAACCACAACAGCGGAGACUUCACAGAUUUUUCUUUAAAGGGACGCAUUGCUAUGCUAUGGAAGUGAAAGUUAUCAACAAAUGAUUUGAUGAUUCCUCAAAAAACUCUACCCUGCCUAGUGAGUGUAAUGAACAGGGAGGCAAUGCCUUCCACACAGUGUGUCUGAAAUGGUUGCGAUUAAGACGAUAUUUCAAAGCAGCUGUUUUCAAGCAAUACAGGGCAGCAGAUGCCAUGGAAAAAGGGACUGAACUGAUUUAAGCAGACUUCUAAUCCACUCAAAAGUGUAAAGCACACACCAAACCUGCUAGGCCACACGGUUUCCUAUUCAGUUGCAUCCCACAAGUGUAGUGGUGAGGAGUGGGUGUUUUCUGUUUUUGCUCUUCAAGAUUCCCCCUUGUCACUUGGAGAAACUAGUCUGUGUUGUAGGAGGCAAAGGCUGUGUGUUUAUAUCUCCCUGGUGGUUCUGGUCAUGAGAAAAAGGCUGCUCUCUGGCCCUAGCAUGUCUGUGCUGUACACACCACUCUGCCUGCUGUGGCCCCCCUAAUUAAAAAGAGUUUGCCUUUCCCAUCCAGAUAUUCGUACAACUCGCUGUCUUGUGCUGCAGGGUAGAGAAUUUUAAAAAAAAAAAAACCCAAGGAGACUCGAGGCCAAUAUGGACAGCUGUGGGGCAUUGUGGAGCAAAGAAUGGGUUGGGCAGGUGUGUAGUUGGGGGUGGGGAUGGAGUGUGGGACCACGAUCUGCACACGGCAACUGUCUCCUACCGACAAGAGACUGAUGCAUAGGCCUCAGAGAAAGAGGCGAAGGCUAUCGAGGGCAGCCUGAACAAAGAUGCGGCGCCCAGCUGUGCCCAGCUACACCCGUACAGCGCAAGCAGAACAAAGGUACCAUGUAAGCCGGCAGUGCAGUUGUUUGACGAGGGCUUGCUGGGGGCAUGCCAGCAGGGAGAUAUGGCUGGCUUCUAAUGCAGAACAUAAGUGGAGGACACUUGCGGAUCUCGUGUGUUAUGUGCUGUUGGUCCUCCAUAUCCUCUUGGAACUUGAUGUGUUACUGCAAGGGUCUUGGAGAGCAAUGUGGGAUCAGUUGUGAACAAAAGCAUAUUGACUUGUAUGAAUUGGAUUAAGUGCUUCUGAUACAUCUUCAGAAAGUCUUGAAGAGCCUCUUCCUUGAUGCACUGUUGUUUGUCUAGACAGGGCGAGGGGUAAAGAUGUUCCUCCGAUGAUACUCCCUGCAACUGAAGAGAAUAUGCAGUGUUACAGACACCCCCCCCCCCCCCCC